AUGGCCAAAGUAGACAGCGAGUCUGACCCACUAUGGGAGGAUAUGGACUGGGCCAUUGGCCAGAUGCUGCUGAUGGGAUGGGACGGCACCGAAGUCACGCCUCAAAUCAGGAACCUCAUCGAGAAGCACCACCUGGGCUCCAUCCUACUUACCGCCAAGAACCUCAAAUCUGCCGAACAGACGACUGAGCUGGUUCGGGAGCUUCAGACUAUAGCGCACAAUGCUGGACAUCCGUACCCUCUCCUAAUUGCACUCGAUCAGGAGAAUGGCGGUGUUAACAGCCUCUUUGACGAGGACUACAUUUGUCAAUUCCCUAGUGCCAUGGGAAUUGCCGCGACUGGCAACCCCAAGCUGGCAUACGAAGUAGCAAAGGCUACAGCAACCGAGGUCUCGGCCGUAGGCGUCAACGUAAUUCUCGGUCCGGUGCUCGAUGUCCUCACCAAUGCUAGGCAUCAGCCUUUGGGUGUAAGAGCUGUCGGUGAUGAUCCCCAAGAAGCAUCGCAGUAUGGCAUCGCAGCAUUGAAUGGCUACAAGGAUGCCGGCUUGGCAACCUGUGGCAAGCAUUUUCCAUCCUAUGGAAACCUCAACUUCAUGGGGACAAGUUUGGAUAUGCCCAUCAUCACACAAACCCUUGAGGAACUCAGUCUCAGUGCUCUGGUGCCUUUUCGUAAUGCUAUUGCCACGGGGCGGCUCGACGCCAUGUUCAUUGGAGGCUGUGGCAUUCAGAAUCCCGACAUGAACGUUAUGCAUGCUUGCCUAGCGGGAGAGGUAGUAGACGAUCUUCUCAGAAACGAACUUGGUUUCGAUGGUGUGGCUAUAUCGGAAUGCCUCGAAAUGGAAUCCCUGAUUCAAGAAUACGGAGUCAAGGGCGGUACUAUCAAUGCAGUCACGGCAGGUAAUGAUUUGAUCCUCUUGUGCCGAGCUCACGACGUACAGCUUGAGGCCAUCUCCGGUCUGAAACUUGGUAUCGAGGAUGGUAUGAUUGAAAAAGAGCGAGUGUAUACAUCUUUGAGGCGCGUCCUCCGAAUGAAGCGAGCCUGCACAUCCUGGCAGGCCGCCCUCAACCCCGCCGGCCUGUCUCUACUUUCGCAGAUCCAUCCCAUACACUUGGAAUUGUCCCGUCAGGCUUACGAUCUUUCCAUCACCGUCGUUCGAGACAAUGACAGUCUCCUUCCAUUGACGCAAAGUCUUUUGCAAGAAGAGGAGAUGCUUCUACUCACACCGCUUGUGAAGCCGCUACCAGCCUCGAAAGCAACCAAGAGUAUGAUGGAGAAGAACAACUUUAAGAAUGGUGGUGGCGGGUUGCACGGACAGUUCAUUCACCAGGAAAGGGGCGCCAUCAUGAGCGGCGAGGGCGUUUUUCGUGAACUGGGGAGAACGCUGGCGCGAACCCGCCACGGAAAGCUUCUGCAUACUUCUUACACUGCCAAUGGGCUGAGACCUGUACAUGAAAAUCUGAUCCACCGAGCUUCGGCGAUUGUUAUAGUCACCGCGGAUGCCCACAGGAAUGGCUAUCAAUCUGGCUUCACGAAACAUGUCGCAAUGAUGUGCCAACUACUUCGAUCGACCGGUCAGAAAAAGUCGCUUGUGGUGAUUGCCGUGAGUUCACCCUACGACUUUGCCAUGGAUAAAAGCAUCGGCACUUAUUUGUGCACAUUCGACUUCACUGAGACGGCCAUGGCUUCGCUUGUCCGCGCUCUCUACGGCGAGUUUAUCCCGACAGGCUCCAUGCCUGGUACGAUGCGCAAGAGCAAAAAGGUCAUCAAGAAUAGAAGACAGUGGCUUGUGGAGAACUAUGACCGUGAGCGUGAUGCACAAGCUCUGGAUGGACUAUUGGAAGCCCUUGCGCGAACGAGUACGCCAAGUUUACCAUAUUCUACCUGUCGCGCCCAUACCUUUAAUUUGUUCAGUCCGAAUGUGGAGGAGGCACAUUUCGUUGUUCGAAACAGCAGCACGCAAGCUCUUUAUGGCUUCGUAGCCACCUACAUAUCCAAGGGUCAGGGAGCUAUCGGUGCCAUUUUUGUCGAUCCAGCCAAGCGGAACCUCUUCAUUGGCACCUCUUUGCACCGAAGAGCCAUGAAAGCCCUCUUAUCCAAAAAGGGAUUGAAAAAGGUCCAACUCGGUGUUUCUUUCCCUGGUGUCUUUCCUGGUAUCCCGAUCGAGGAGAGCAGGGGCGCAAAGGCCUGGUUCGGAAAUGUUGGAUGGGAUGUGCAGUUUCCACGCCGAAUUUCCAAUCUUGCCAUCAAGGAUCUUUCUUCUUGGUCCUUUCCUGAAGGCCUCCCUCAAAGCCUGCAACGGAAUCAAAUCACGUUUGACUUGAUCACCGGGCUCGAAAAUGGAGAGAGUGUGUUGAAUCACGUCACAGCGCACGCGCAGCCAGAUGUCGUGGAGCUCUACAGACAUGCACUGCAGUCAAAUCACGAUUGUGGAAUUGUGCGAGCAAAAAGCACCAACGAAAGCCUGCUGGGGACUGUUAUCGUGACCAAGCCGGGAAGCAGUCUUGCGGCAUAUAUUCCGUUGCUCAACACUGCUACCGAAGGCAGUUUCGGAGGCAUCAUUGCUCCUAUUGUUCCCACUACAUCACAAUCAGCCUUGCUACUUCAGGGACUAGUAUUCAUGGGUGUCCGUCAGAACAAAGGUCACAAGUCGGCAAAAAGUAUACUCAGCUGGGUGCUCGACGAUGCGUACGAAACUCUUGCCACUAUGGGAUUUGAAGUGCAACAGGCAUUUGAUGAGAUUACCAACUCCCCAGAACAUUGGUCCGACCUCAGCUAG